CUUGCCGGUGUCUCUGCAGCAGUCCCCGCUGCGGUCCUGAUCGUGUGCCCGGGUGGGGGACAUCAGCGCGUCCGCAUGAGACAGACAUGCUCGCCUUCGUGCUGGUGUCCUGCUCGCUGUGGAUCCUUUUGGAGCUGAGUUCCACGCUGAAGGAGAAGAUGCAGGCCCAGGAGAUGAUGAGCAGCCUGAGGGUACCAGAGAUGGACGAGCUGGGCCAGUUCUUCCGCUCGCUGCCCACCUCCACGCUGGUGGGACUCGGCGCGCUCGCCGCCGUGCUGGCCUACUGGCUGGCCACCCGGCCCCGCCCCAUCAAGCCGCCAUGCAGCAUCCUCCACCAGUCUGAGGAGGUGCCGCAUGAAGACGGGGGUCGCAGGUCAAUGAUGGGCGACACCUCCAAGCUGCUCACUCAUUACCACGACGACGCCAGGACCAUGUAUGAGGUCUUCCAGCGAGGCCUCCAUAUAUCAGGUGACGGUCCGUGCCUGGGUUCACGUCUCCCCAACCAGCCUUACAAGUGGAUUUCCUACAAGGAGGUGAUCUCCCGGGCUGAGCAUCUGGGCUCGGGUCUGCUGCACCAGGGCUGCCAGCCCAACCCGGAACAGUUCAUCGGGGUGUUCGCUCAGAACCGACCAGAGUGGAUCAUCUCGGAGCUGGCGUGCUACACCUACUCCAUGGUGGUGGUGCCGCUGUACGACACGCUGGGUGCAGACGCCAUACGGUUCAUCAUCAACACAGCCGACAUCUCCACCGUCAUCUGCGACAAGGUGGACAAGGCCCAAGUGCUGCUGGCUAACGUGGAGCGUGCAGAGACCCCUCGCCUGCGCCGCAUCGUCCUCAUGGAGCCCUCGGACGCCGCCCUGGUGGAGCGUGGCCUGGGCUGCGGCGUCCACGUGCAGGCCCUGCAGGAAGUGGAGGCGCUGGGCAGAGAACACCACACACAGCCUGCACCGCCAUCACCUGAGGACCUGUCCAUUGUUUGCUUUACAAGUGGAACCACAGGGAACCCAAAAGGGGUCAUGCUCACUCACGGGAAUGUGGUGGCGGACUUUUCAGGCUUCCUGAAAGUCACCGAUAAGGUGAUUUUCCCCAACCAGGACGACUGCCUCAUCUCCUUCCUGCCGCUGGCCCACAUGUUCGAGAGGCUCAUCCAGUCGGUGGUCUACUGUCACGGCGGGCGAAUAGGCUUCUACCAGGGCGACAUCCGCCUCCUCCCCGACGACAUGAAGGCCCUACGGCCCACCAUCUUCCCCGUGGUUCCUCGCCUGCUCAACCGCAUGUACGACAAGAUCUUCAGCCAGGCCAACAGCCCGCUCAAGCGUUGGCUCCUCAACUUCGCCGCCAAGAGAAAAGGCGCCGAGGUCAGCAGCGGCAUCAUUCGCAGCGACAGCGUCUGGGACAAGGUCUUCUUCAGCAAGAUCCAGGCCAGCCUGGGCGGGAGGCUGAGGAUGAUCAUAACAGGAGCGGCACCCACUUCACCCACAGUGCUCGGAUUCCUCAGAGCAGCUCUCGGAUGCCAGGUGUACGAGGCGUACGGGCAGACGGAGUGCACCGCCGGCUGCACUUUCACCACACCGGGAGACUGGACGCCAGGCCAUGUGGGCGCGCCGUUGCCGUGUAACCUCAUCAAGCUGGUGGACGUUCCUGAGAAGAACUACUUUGCCUCCAAAGGGGAGGGCGAGGUGUGCGUGAAGGGACCAAACGUGUUCAAGGGCUACCUCAAAGACCCGGAGAGGACGGCCGAGACGCUGGACGCGGGCGGCUGGCUCCACACGGGCGACAUCGGAAAAUGGCUGCCAAACGGCACGCUGAAGAUCGUGGACAGGAAGAAGCACAUCUUCAAGCUGGCGCAGGGCGAGUAUAUCUCCCCCGAGAAGAUCGAGAACAUCUACAUCAGGAGUCAGCCGGUGGCCCAGCUCUACGUCCACGGAGACAGCCUCCAGUCCUGCUUGGUGGGCAUCGUGGUGCCCGACCCGGAGGUCAUGCCCGAGUGGGCCAAGAAGAAAGGAAUCCUGGGCACCUACAAGGACCUCUGUAAAAACACGGAGCUCAAGAAGGUCAUCCUUGAAGAUCUGGUGCGUCUUGGCAAGGCCAGCUGUCUGCACUCCUUUGAGCAGGUGAAGAACAUCUACAUCCACAGCGAGAUGUUCUCCGUGGAGAACGGCCUGCUGACGCCGACGCUGAAGGCCAAGCGUCCCGAGCUGAGGGAGUUCUUCAAGGGGAAAAUCGAGCAGCUUUACAGCACCAUCUCCAUGUGAGCACCACCACGUAUCCCCCCCCGUGGCAUCUGGACACCGCCUCCCGCGGGGGCUGCUGUCGCGGGAGAAGGGUAGCUGAUGGAAACCCAGCAGCAAAAACAAAACGAGCAAUGUUCCUUCGUCACACACCGUCGCCAUCGAAAAUAUGCAGCCCAUCAACGUUAGCCCUUCAGCAAAAAGGAAGGCCAUGAUUUCAUGACUUGAGGUUCCCUCAAAAAGGACCUCCUGCCUUACAAGUUAGCAGCAAGACUAGACCGACGAUGAGCGGCCUGUUUGUUUUUCUCCUCACACACCUCAUGUCAAAGCUUCUUCAUUAUGCUCCUCGAGCGUCGCACCAAUGAUGGAUGUACAUAAAUACAUAAAUGUUAGCUUAUUUAUUAUUCCCUGCUUUGAAUGAUGAUGAUUUUUACUUUGACUCUUCUAAUGCGUGUGUAGUGAGACAAUUGUACUUUCAACAUUUUCUUUUUCUGCAGUAAAACAAACAAAAAAGAUCAGCACCAUAUCCUUGUAAUAAGGAGCAGGGAACACGUGGUCAUGGAAUAAAAAAAACCUUCUGGAAUGAUUUUAAA